GAGAGAAUGAAGUACCGCAACUGAAAGUGAUUUAAGCACAAAAUAUUGAAGAGUUUUAUAAAAAUCAUUGUUUUAAGAAUUUACAUCUUCACAUUCACAAAAAAUGAUUUCGACGCCGUAUUUUGCCCUACUUUUGAUUUGUGUAGCUAUUUUGUUUAUCGGCGCGCCGCGUCAAACAGAGACAGAGCCGCGCGUUGGCAAUGUAAUUUGGUCAAUUUUACGCCCCGCUGAGCAAAUACCGGCAGCAUCUCUAAGACCACACUUGCGUGUGAAACGUGUUAAAAGAGACGCUUUUGACGGCACAUCCGAUCAGGGGCUAGAAUUUCAAAAUGCCAGCAAACAUGAAAAGGAACGUUUCCCCGUUUGGGAUGACGCGCGGGGAGAGCCGCAAUUGAAUUGACAAGUGCAUGUAACUGUGCACAGUUAAUACAAAAAAUUAAUUAGAAUGAUAAAUGUUGUUGUAAUGGUAAUUUCUAUGUGACAAUUGCUCUCUGAGUAAAGCUAUGUUUUGUAAAUAAAAAUGUUUGUGAUUUAGACAUAAACCGUA